GAGAGAGUGAGGGGGAAGGGGUGUGUUUGUGGCUGAGGAGCAGACGAAGCUCCCGCCAUGAGCCUGAGCCGGACGCUGGUGUCUGCCCGCUGCCUGGCCGAGGCCCUGGGGUCCGGGGCUCCGGGGUCCGGGGCUCCGGGGGCCGGGGCCGAGCAGCCGAUCCGGGUGCUGGACACCUCCUGGUAUCUGCCGGGGUCGGGGCGGGACGGGCGGCGGGAGCACCGCGAGGCCCACAUCCCCGGCGCCGGGUACUUUGACCUGGACGAGUGCUGCGACCGCUCGUCCCCUUACGAGCACUCGCUACCCGAGCCCGAGGCUUUCGCGGCCUACGCGGGCGGCCUGGGGGUGAGCGGCGGCUGCCGGGUGGUGGUGUACGACGGCAGCCCCUACGGCGCCUUCUGCUCCCCGCGGGUCUGGUGGAUGUUCCGGUUGUUCGGACACCGCGCGGUGUCGGUGCUGGACGGCGGUUUGGCCGCCUGGCGCCGCCUGGGCCUCCCGCUCGAGAGCGGCCACGCGAGCCCCAGGCCUCGGGCCUUCACCGCCUCCUACACCCCGAGCGCCGUCACCGCCUUCCCCGCCGUCGUGAGCAACAUCCACCGACCCCGCUUCCAGCUGCUGGACGCCCGGUCCCGGGGCCGCUUCAGGGGCAUCGAGCCCGAGCCCAGAGAGGGGUUCGAGCCGGGCCACAUUCCUGGGAGCAUCAAUAUCCCGUUUAACACCUUCCUGGACCCGGAGACGCUGCUCAUGCGGGACGUGGCUUCGCUGCGAGCGAUAUUUGAGGAGCACCAUGUGGACCUGAGCAAACCCAUCGUGGCCACGUGUGGGACAGGGGUGACAGCCUGUCACAUCGCCUUGGCAGCCUAUCUCUGCGGCAAGGAGGACGUGGCUAUCUAUGAUGGCUCCUGGGUGGAGUGGUUCACACGCGCCAAGCCCGAGAACAUUAUCUCCGAGGGAAAAGGGAAGCUGAAGUAGCCCCCCCACCCACCUCGUCCAAUGGUGGUCUCCCAAUGGUGAAGCUGUUCCGAGUCAGAAAUAUCUGCCCUUUGGUAGCAAUGGGAGAAAUGAAAAACUUACUCAGACAAAACCUGAGCUGAAGUUUCAGCAUUUUAAUAAUAAUAAUCCUUGCAUUUGAUGCAGCGCAUGAUCACAUCUUCGAGACUUCUCAAAGCGCUCACAGGAUAUACUGUAAAGUGAAUUGACUGUAUAUUUUGUGGGUGAAAUACAGCAACCAAUUGCACACAGCAGCGUCCCCACAAACAGCCGUGGAUUGAGUGACCAAAUUAUUGAAAUUUUUUGCCUGAAAGUCCUUUGUAACAGCUGCAGAAAAGCGGCUUACAAAUUCAGACUAAAUUUGGGAAUUUGUCACAGAAAUCGCUCUAAUUUGUUCUUGAAAUAAUCAACACUUUGCUUCCGUCUGUCUCCUCAGGGACUCUGUUCCAUACAUUUACUGUUCACUCACUGAAGUAGUGUCUCCACAGAUUUGUUCUGAAUUUACUCCCCUCCAAUCACAGGCCAUGUCCUCUGGUUCUACUGGUCAGUACAAGAUAAAACAGCUUAUCAUGGUCUACAUGAUCUAGCCUUAAAAACCAUUUCAGAAGCUCAGAUGUAAUGAUGGAGUCUGCUUCCUGCUCCAAUGUAUCAAACUUAGAGAUAUUGCUCCAAUUUACGCCUUGCCUUCAGUAAUGUGAUCUGUAGAGAAAUUGAAUUGUGAUAUACUUUAUUAAUUGCUGUUGAAAUAAUUCAAAAUAAAUUAUGUAGAAUCUU